GCAGCUGCUGUGUCUCUUCGGCGUCUGGGAAGAAAACUUUCACAUUCAGAGUUGCUGACUGGAUUUUCUUUCUUUCCGCUCCCCGCCUUGAUGAGCGCUUGGCCCCUGACAGAAGUGAUUCGCCUCUCAGCUUUGUAGUUCGGAAGAAGUUGGGUCUAUAGAUUUUUUUUUCCCCUCGCUCUCCAUUGAUGUGUUGAGCUUCCGAGGGAAUACUCUCUCCACGUAAAGCAUGUUGCCUUCUCCAGGAGUCCUCCUGUAUCCCUGUGGAGCGCCUAUGAUCGUUCCAGCAGCCCCCUACUUCCCCGGACUGAUCCAGGGUAAUCAGGAAGCAGCCGCUGCCCCUGACACAAUGGCUCAGCCUUAUGCUUCGGCCCAGUUUGCACCCCCUCAGAACGGCAUCCCCGCGGAAUACACGGCCCCUCACCCCCACCCCGCGCCAGAGUACACGGGCCAGACCACCGUCCCCGAGCACACGUUAAACCUGUACCCUCCCGCGCAGUCGCACUCGGAGCAGAGCGCAGCGGACACGAACGCACAGACCGUCUCGGGCACCGCCACACAGACAGAUGACGCGGCGCCGACGGAUGGUCAGCCCCAGACACAACCUUCUGAAAACACGGAAAACAAGUCCCAGCCCAAGCGGCUACACGUCUCCAACAUCCCUUUCAGGUUCCGGGAUCCCGACCUCCGACAAAUGUUUGGCCAAUUUGGUAAAAUCUUAGAUGUUGAAAUUAUUUUUAAUGAGCGAGGCUCAAAGGGAUUUGGUUUCGUAACUUUCGAAAAUAGUGCCGAUGCGGACAGGGCGAGGGAGAAAUUACACGGCACCGUGGUAGAGGGCCGUAAAAUCGAGGUAAAUAAUGCUACAGCUCGUGUAAUGACAAAUAAAAAGACUGUCAACCCUUAUACAAACGGCUGGAAAUUGAAUCCAGUCGUGGGUGCAGUCUACAGUCCCGAAUUCUAUGCAGGCACCGUGCUGUUGUGCCAGGCAAGCCAGGAAGGAUCUUCCAUGUACAGCGCCCCCAGUUCACUUGUAUAUACUUCCGCAAUGCCCGGCUUCCCGUAUCCAGCCGCCACCGCCGCGGCCGCCUACCGAGGGGCGCACCUGCGAGGCCGCGGGCGCACCGUGUACAACACCUUCCGGGCUGCAGCGCCCCCGCCGCCAAUCCCGGCCUACGGCGGAGUAGUGUAUCAAGAGCCUGUGUAUGGCAAUAAAUUGCUGCAGGGUGGUUACGCUGCCUACCGCUACGCCCAGCCUACCCCUGCCACAGCUGCUGCCUACAGUGACAGUUACGGACGAGUUUAUGCUGCCGACCCCUACCACCACACACUUGCUCCAGCCCCCACCUACAGCGUUGGUGCCAUGAAUGCUUUUGCACCCUUGACUGAUGCCAAGACUAGGAGCCAUGCUGAUGAUGUGGGUCUCGUUCUUUCUUCAUUGCAGGCUAGUAUAUACCGAGGGGGAUACAACCGUUUUGCUCCAUACUAAAUGACAAAACCCAUUAAAACCUUCCAAUGUGGGGAGAAAGGAAGCUUUCUGAGGCCUGGGUAACGCAAUACAUGCAGUAGUGCAUCAUUUUAGCCACUCUAAACAAUUAAAAAGAGGGGAAAAAAAUGACAUUUUUUAUCUUAUACCUCAGAUAUUUUGUUCUGUGUAUUUUAAUAUUGUGGGUCUUUCAUUUCUGAAGGUUUCGUAGUUCGGUCGCCGGCUGUAGGAGUUUUUGUGGUUGACCUAGAGAGAUGCUCGCUAUGAAAUAAAAACUGGUUUAGGGCUGUGGCUAGAGUGCUAACUCAUGUCAGAUGAAUCACCUGUGCUGACUGUUAAGCUACUGGGGUUAUCCGCUGUUUGGGAAGAGCUCAAGUGACGACAGUAGUCAUUUUUUUCUGCAUCUGCAUUAUUUUGUUUUACAAAAGGGGGAAGGGCAGGAGGGAUGCGCACGGAUUUGGCCAAGAAAGAAAAAGCAGAUGGUAACAGAUGAAUCUAAACGACCCACUGCACCAACAAUCAUAUGUCCGCGGUUCUAAGUUACUCACUGGCAGUUCAGGCCAAAGGUUACGGGGUUCAGGGGGCCUGGGUGACCGCCCGUAGCACGUAGUCAUCCAAGUUGAACGAAGCUGUGCAAACGCACCCUUUAAACCAUUCCGCCCGGCAGUAUUCAGCUUCUUAACCAGCCGCUAGUUAUUCAGGCAAAAAACUGCUAGUUAGGCCAUCAAACAAGCAUUCUUUUUAUAUUUCUUCCAGUCUAAUAAAUUAUUGAUAUCAUUGCUGACUUUUAUAUUAUGGGAGGGAAAAAAAUAAUAAUAACAUUAAUAAAAAGGUGAUAAAAAGCACUGUUUCUAUUUUUUUCUUUUUUUCCAAAAAAAAGAAAGUAAUAAAAACUUAAAUUCUUUGUACCAGUUAAAAAAAAAUGUAUAAAAUUUACAUCUGUGCAGUGGAGUUAAGUUCUAGAAACAGUCUCUGAAGCUUUAGUUUUAGCCUAGUCAAAAACCUGUUAGAGACAGAUGUAUAAUUUUUAUGGAAUUACAUGAUAAUCAUAUUCGGAUUUAUAGAAGCAUUUUACAAGUAUUGCAAUCAUUGAGUAGAGAUAAUCACGGUAUUUUCAUCAGCUUGGUACUUUUUGAAACAUGACUGUGUUGUGUGAGCAAUCUGCAAUUUUUCAGUCCGUGAGAGCCUGCCCUCCUAAUUCUCCCCGGAUCCCAGGGAUUAUUUCGAACCAGUAUCUUUAGUUCUGUCUCCAAGGCCCAGGACACUUGUCAGAAGGAAACAAAAGAGGAGGUGCACCCAUUCCGACCCCAAAGAACAAAGUCCCCCCCACCUCGGAAGCAGGGCCAGAGUGACACAGCCGAAAAAUUGCAGUUUGUCUGAACUUCUUCUGUUUGAACUCUUUCCACGUUGUCCUGUUUACAAGUUAACCUAAGUUGGGGUAUCUGUCGCGGGUCUUCCUGUUUUUGUAUUUAAAUAAAGAAACAGCAGCCAGCCGCCCCCAGUAGUUCUGCUGCCAUAGUUAGACCUCUAUGUGUGCAGUGCGGGCUCUGUGGCACACACUUUAGUACGUGAUCCGCUCACUGCUGUGGGCCUGCCAAUCCGCUGUAACAACUCUGCUUUCAAACAAAACCAAACAAAACCUAAAAAAAAAAAAAAAGUGUCUGUGGUCCAGCUUUCUCUUGUCAUCUUACGUGCAUGCAAGUAAGAUCAGUUGGAUAAUUAAACCAUCAAUAAAGUUUCACCAGAUUCGAAAACCAAGUUUCUGUAGCUUCGGUAUCUAAGACAGAUAAUCAUUAUCAAGAAAGGGAAGGGGGGAAACCCCGCCUAGCAGCCAAAAGCCUAAAAAAAAGUUCUUUUCACUGGAAUGACAUGGGUGGGGAAGGGGUGGGGUGGAGGGGGUGUUUUAUCGCAUCACUAAGACGUUCUCAUCCCCCACCCCCAACCCACCUGAAAACGAUGUUCUGGCAAUGGAUGCCUGGUUGACGUUUUUUUAAAGAAAACAACUUCUUAAAACGUUAAGGCAUCCUGCCCCAGAGGCCAGAACAGUAGAAAGAACAGGGGGGCUUGGGAGAACAAAUAGCUUUCUCCCAACUGCCUUGGAUUUCAAAAUCCAGAUUUUGCAUUGUAUUUGAAAUCAGAAACAUAGAAUUCUUACCGUGUUGGUUCAAGUAAAAUUAAUUUGCAGUUUUGAUUUUCAUCAAUGAGCUGUACUUUUCCCCCAUGAUUGUAUGUAGUUUUAAUAAAAUCAUUUAGAGCAAGUGGGUGCCAAAUGAUGUUGCCGAAUCUUUGUCUAGGCACUCUUCCAAGAUGCCAAUAAGUCAUUUUAAAAUGUAUGUCAGAGAUGUAAACAAACAUUUUGGAUUUUUUUAAGACAGUAUUUAUUUGGAAUGUUUUCAUUUAUCUAAAUAACUAUUGCUAUUAUGAAUUAUGGAAAAAAAAAGAUUAAUAUCAUGUGUGGCAUAUAGUGACUUCUUAACACACACAUCAUGCAAUCGCAAACCCAGAAAAUGUGUAUAUCUGUCUUUAGAAAUUAGUGUUUAUAUCACUUACAGUGGUUUGUGAAUAAAGAAAACUGGUUUGUAAUAUCAAAAAAUAAAAGCUUAGUCUGAAAAGGUC